CAGGGUAGUUGGAAAUUUUACAUCUUACAUGAACAUCGAUGUAUCGAAUUCCAUAAAUAUUGGAAAAAACAUUGAUAGUUCAAUUAUCGAUGUAUAUCGCGCAUCCCUAGAUUCCCUAGAUACAAGUCUUACAAACAAUUAUUUUUAUAUUUUAAAUAUUGCAUCAAUAUCAAUGUUAAAUAAAAUAUCUAACUCGUCUAUGAACCUCAAACAAUUUUUAGUCCGACAGCAAGUAAUAACACUUUAUCGAAAUAUCUUGAGGACAAUCAAAAAAAUACCGACGAAAGAGGAUCAAAGUUAUUUUUUGGAGUGGGCUAGAUCUGAAUUUAAAGCCAAUAAAAAUAUAACUGAUGAGUUUGCGAUAAAGUCUUUAAUAAUUCAUGGGGAAAAUUCAAUGAAAGAACUGGAGAAAAAUUUAAAUUAUUCAAAGUAAAUAAUAAUUGUAUAGAAUGUAUAUAUUUUGUACAUUAAAAAAGCAAUUAAUAUGACUCAGUA